AUGAUGACUGAGGGUUUAGAUCACAGAUUCAGUUGUCUCACCUGGGAGCAGAUUAAAAUCCUGGAUCAAGUGCUAACUGAGGUGAUCCCCAUUCAUGGAAGAGGGAAUUUUCCCACUUUGGAGGUUAAGCCAAAGGACAUCAUUCACGUUGUCAAGGAUCAGCUGAUCAAGAAGCAAAUCACUGUCCGAGAUACACGCCUGAAUGGAUCCACAGCGAGCCACAUCCUGGUGAAACAGAAUGGCACCAGCUACAAGGACCUGGACAUCAUUUUUGGCGUUGAGCUUCCGAGCGAGCAAGAAUUUCAGGUUGUGAAGGAGUCUGUCCUGAAUUGCCUCGUGGACUUCCUACCCAAAUGUGUCAACAAAGAAAAGAUCACAGCACAGACCAUGAAGGAUGCCUACGUCCAGAAGAUGGUGAAGGUGUUCACGGAUCACGACCGCUGGAGCCUCAUCUCCUUGUCCAACAACAGUGGCAAGAAUGUGGAACUCAAGUUCGUUCACUGUCUCAGACGGCAGUUUGAAUUUAGCGUCGACUCCUUUCAGAUUAUCCUGGACCCUGUGCUGAAUGUUUAUAGUGGCACCCAGGGCCGGCUCUCAGAAGAGUCUCCCCUGUCUGUCAUUGCGGAGAGCAUGUACGGAGACUUCGAUGGGGCCAUGGACCACUUGAAGUACAAGCUGAUUGCCACGAGGAACCCUGAGGAGAUCCGUGGCGGCGGCCUGCUGAAAUACAGCAACCUUCUGGUUCGUGAUUUCAAGCCAGCCAAUGACGCUGAAAUCAAAUCCUUAGAACGCUACAUGUGCUCCAGAUUCUUCAUCGAUUUCCCCGACGUGGCCGAGCAACAGCGGAAGAUCGAGUCCUACCUGCGCAACCACUUCAUCGGGGAAGAGAGGAGCAAGUACGACUACCUGAUGACUCUGCGAGGGGUCGUGAAUGAGAGCACGGUCUGCCUCAUGGGGCAUGAGCGGCGGCAGACGCUGAACAUGAUCAUGCUCCUGGCUCUCAAAGUGCUUGGCGAACAGAAUAUCAUCCCCAACGUGGCCAACGUGACCUGCUACUACCAGCCGGCUCCUUACACUAGCGACAGGAACUUCAACAAUUAUUACAUUGCUCACGGUCAGCCACCCGUUAUCUAUCAGCCCUACUCCUUUCAUAUACACAUGCAAAGCGGCAUGGUGUAA